AUGUCUGAUUCACAAGACACGUCUCCGGCGGGGGACAAGGGCCUCGGCCAUGACGAGACGCGCGCCGACGUCGACGCCGACGUGCCCCAGUUGGAGGAGGAGGAGCAGCAGGGCGACGCGACGGGCACCGAGCUCGUGAGCCAGCCGCCGCGGGAUGGCUCCGACGUGAGCUCCAUGGACACAAGCCUGAUGGACGCCGUGCCCAGGAGAGCCGGGAGCCCGGUCGACUCGCUGGCUUCGGGUCAGGGCAACUCCCCGUCCAUUCAAGGAUCCUUCAUGUCCUCCCCCAGCAGCAGCGUCCUCCCCUCCAUGGCCACCCGUCCUGGCCUGAGCAGCCCCACGCCAUCCUUUCGCCCCUUUGACCGACGCUUCCAGUCGCGCAUCUCGUCGUCCGCCUCCAACAGCCCGCGCGCCUCGUCGCCCGCCCUUCUCUCUAGCCAUAGCCGCAACGCGUCCCUCGCCACAAACUUCCCAGUCGACCAGGCCGACGGCGACACCCCCGCCCCGCCCUGGGAAGUCGUCCGAUGGACGCGGCUCAGGAAGCUCAACGGGAAUGCCUUUUCGGAGCUGGGCCGCCGCAACUUUGGCUCGCCCACGUGUCUUGCUGUCUCGGCUUCGAUUGUGCUCGGAACUUCAAAAGGAAUAAUAUUAAUGUUCGAUUACAGCCAGAAUCUCAGGAUGAUCAUCGGGCAGGGGACCAAAGCUGUGGAAUCUGGUCCCGUAACCUCGAUUGCCAUCUCCGCCGACCACACGACCAUUGCAGGGGGCCACGCGAACGGUAGCAUCUUUACCUGGGACACGUCUAGGGCGGCCCGGCCCUUUCUCACAAUUCCGCACCUGGAUGGCGCUCAGGAGCAGAACCGUACGGCCGACGGGCACGUUGCCAACGUGUCCGUCGUCCAUCUGGGCUUCUUGGGAACCCGCCACACGGCCCUUGUGUCGGCCGACGAUCGAGGCAUGGCCUUCUCGCACCUUGCCACGCGGGGCGCAGGUGCGCUUGGCAGGACCGUCAGGACGACUCGGAUCCUGGGCCGCUAUCCGAACGCGCCGAUUCCCGCCGGAAAGCCGCUCAAGCCAAGCACCGUCCUCGCCUUUGCGCCCCUGCCGCUUGGAAACGUCGAGCGGACGACCGACACCAUGGGCUUGACGGCCAUGCUCACUCCGUACCUGCUGGUCAUUGUGUCGACGACGCCCGUGGCCCAGACGCAACACAAGUCAGCCCGGCCUAAGGAUGUCCCGGCCCAUAGUGCCAUGACGGGCUGCCUCGCCUGGUUCCCGGCCGUCAGGCUCAAGGCCCCCGAUCCCGCCUCCGGGAGCGACAUUUCCAAAGUCAAACUCGUCUAUUGCUGGUCAAACGUGUUGACGGUGCUGGACGUGAACGAGAUCCCCAGCGGAGACAGGGAUCAGCCUUCAACGUUAAAGUUCAAGGCCCGCAGCAGGUGGAAGUGCGAAGAGGCUAUUGUCGCCGUGCAAUGGCUGAGCCGCUCUGUUCUGGCCCUGCUCACCAUAUCCCAAAGGCUGAUUGUGCUGGAGGAUAGGAGCAUGCGAAUGACAGAGGCCUUUGACUUGCUCCCGAAGCACAUCUACCACGCGGACCUCUUCUCGAAGCAGCUUCAUGCUCUGGUUGAGCAGCUGGACGAAGACGACCAGUCAAUGCACGGCGUUGUAGCCGAUGCGUUCUACAUGAGCUUCAAGUCCUACAAGGGGAGAAUCUUCCUACUGAGCUUCAGCGAAGUCUCCAUCGGCGCGCUGUCGAAUUGGGCGGAUCGUCUGAUUGCCAUGAUGGAGCAAGGUGAUUACAUUGAAGCCAUCCGUUUGGCGACCUCCUACUACACAGGCGACGCCGACAAGCUCACAAUAGGGCUGCCCGAGGACACGCAGCUGCGGCACGCCAUGGUCCAAGACAAGAUCAUGGAGAUCAUCACGGCCUCACUCAAGUACGCCUUCGGCCAGCGACAGAAGAAGAGCGAGGAGGCUGAUGACGAUCAUAUACGACAGCUGGCCGAGGUCUGCUUUACCGCGUGCCAGGCAAUAGGAACCACGGACUACUUAUUCGCGGACCUAUACGAAUGGUAUGAAUCCGCCAAUGUCGAGGCCAUCUUUCACGAGACGCUGGAACCUUAUAUCUUGGAGGAGACAAUUACGGUUGUGCCGCCUGUCGUGGUCAAGGACAUGGUCAACCAGUACGCUGCGCGAGGCUGGGAAAGCAGGCUGGAGGAGAUGAUCUGCCACAUGCAGACGGCGACUCUCGACCUGGACCAGAUUACGGUUCUUUGCAAGCAGCACGGCCUCUACGAUGCGCUGACCUACGUCUGGAACCAAGCUCUUGGCGACUACAUCAGUCCCGUCAUCGACCUCCUGAGCCUGCUUGUGCCGCUGACGACAAACGGUAACCACGUCUCAGGGGAUUCUGGAGAAGGCUACUACAGCGUCAAUGCGCUCAAGAUCUUUCCAUACCUGUCUUAUAUCCUGACGGGGAGGGUGUAUCCAAGCGGAGAACCCCUGGACGAGGAAGCUGCAGCCACCGCCAAGUCGGGGAUCUACUGGUUCUUCUUCUCCGGCAAGACCAUCGAGUGGCCGAGGGGCAGCGGCCGAGAGUUCUUGACGCGCCCACCUGGCGAGGACGAGCCAGCAUUUCCGUAUCUCCGGUUGAUUCUCAAAUUCGACGCCCCCAGCUUCCUGAGUGCGCUGAACGAGGCGUUCGAAGACACUUUCUUGAACGAUUCUCCCGACAAGCAGGUCAACGGCGGGGCGCGCAUGGACAUGCCCGAAGAGCAAAUAUUUGGCCUGACCAUCAAUCGCCAAUUCAUCUUGACAAUCCUUCUGGACGUCAUGAGCCCGGACAAUUUCGCGCCAGAGGACACCAUCUAUCUCGACAUGUUCAUUGCCCGGAACUUGCCCAAGUUCCCUCAGUAUCUGCUUUUCUCUGGGUCGACUCUUUCCAAGGUCCUCGCCAAUCUUUGCACAUACCCGGGCGAGGAUCUCGCGGACGACGCCCAGCUCAGCGCCGAAUAUCUCCUGUCUGUCUACCAACCUUCAGACAUGCCCACUUUGGUGCCGCUCUUUAAAAGAGCGGGGUUCUAUCGCAUUCUGAAGCGCAUAUUCAAGGUUGAAAAGCAGUACGGCAAGCUCGUGGCCACGUAUUUUGAAGACCCCGAUGACCAAGACGCCGUGUUUGACUGCAUAUCAGACUGUCUGCGGCCCCAGGCCGGUCUCGACCCCCGCCAGCUGCGGGACGUGCACCAGGUGAUUGAGGAGCAUGCCAGGCACUUGCUUGACCUCAGUCCAGAGAGGACAGCGGCGACUCUAGCGGCUCAAGCAGCGACGGUUCAUCGCCAGGUCAUCGACUCGGCGCAGGACCAGCCGGCGUUGCAGUAUGCGUACCUGCAGGCUUUGCUGGAGCCCAAGGAGCCGGCGCCCGAUCAGGCCGAGUCGCCCGACCGGCAUUUCAUCGAGCGCUACGUUCAGCUCAUGUGCAAAUUCGACCCCCUGCGCGUAUCCGACUUUGUCGGCACCGUGCAGUUUGCAGACCUUCGGCUGGAGAAUCUGUUGCCGACGAUGGAAGCCACCGGUGUUGUGGACGCCGCGGUCGUGCUCAUGGCUCGGGACGGCCAGGCCGGUAACGCAAUUCAGCGGCUGAUCAAGCACCUGUUUACUCUUGAGUCGGCAGUGCAAGGUCUCUUGAGCGGUACAGAUGGCGGCAACGAGGACGUGGAUGUUGGCGCAUCAGUAGAGGAGCUGCUCCGCAGUUUGCAGAGAUAUGUUUAUGUUGGCAUUUGGCUGUGCCAGGGGCAAACGAAGACAUCGAAGAGAGCGAGCGUUGUCCAGAAGAAGCAAGAUUCCAAGCCAGACAACCUCUCAGUGGACGAGACGCUUUGGUUAAGUCUGAUUGAUGCGUGUGUUCAAGUCACGAAACGAUUGUCUCCGACGGUACAAAGACUUGCCGACGAAGAGGGGUUUGAAGAUGAGAAGCUUUUGCCGCUCCUCCGAUCGCUGGUCCAGCACACGUUUACCUCGUUGCUCAACGCAACGUCUAGCCGGGCGCGUGAGCAGCAAGGCAGCACGCUUUUGUCCAACGCCGGGUCGAAUCUGUCCUUUCUGCGAAUACUGAGGGCAUUCCUCGCCCAGGCGGCCACUUCGUCGCCGAACCUAGGUGAUUUGCGUGGCGUACUGGCGUCCAUCUUUUCGGCCUACGCAUACGAGGAGUCCAUCCUGCGGCUGUCGAACCGACUCCUGGAGCGGAGCCUGUUCGUCAACGUCAAGCAAGCUGUCGAGCUGCGGCAGCGUGGCUGGCGGCCGCGUGGGUCCACAUGCGAGGCUUGCGGGCGGAGGGCCUGGGGGCCUGGAGUCGCGGGCGGGGCCGUCUUUGAGGCCUGGGAGGACCGGCAGGCGAUGGAGGAAUCGGCCAAGAGAGACCGGAAGACGCGAGCCGCUGAGCGGGCCAAGAGCAGUGCGGGCGAGCCCGACGCCAAGGACAAGGGCAAGAGCCGGGACACGCACGUGCCGAGCAUGCCCGCAGAGCCGGAGGCGGGAGGCCCCGGCAAGGAUCCGCCCCUUGGACCCCUGGUCGUGCUGGCGUGUCGUCACAUGUACCACCAGAGCUGCCUGGAGGCAUUGCAGGAGAGGCAGGAGAACGGAGAGCCGGGGAGAGAAAGGGAGUACAGGUGCCCGGUUGAUGGAUAA